UUGAAACAAGCCUGGAAGCGGCGCUUCGAAAGACAAGGCGACAGACAUGGAUUGACCGGCCCAUCACUAGACUCCAGUACUAUCACUCUCUCUUUUCUUUGGAAAUACAGCAAAAAAAAAAAUUAAAUCACGGUGACAUUUAAUCAAGAACAUACGGCAUAACAGCGCGUGUGCGUGAAUUCUUUUACACUACGGAAGUGGAGUUAUUUUCACUUUCAUUUUUUGGGAGUCAAGGCCUGCGUGUCAGAUUGCAUCGUCUCUCACGAUGGCAGCAACUAAACCUUUUCUGUCCGCUGAUCAGUACUCGUGCCCAGUAUGUCUGGAGGUCCUGAAGGAGUCCGUCAGUCUUACGUGUGGACAUAACUACUGUCUGGACUGCAUCAACGACUACUGGGACAAGGCAGACAAAGAGGGGGUUUACAGCUGCCCUCAGUGCAGGCGAACAUUUAACAUGAGGCCAGAGAUGAGCAGAAACGUAAUGUUAAAAGAUAUAAUAGAGAAAUUACAAGACAUGGAAGUUUCGGUCUCUCCAUCCCAGCAAUACGCCGGACCUGACGAUGUGCCCUGUGAUGCGUGUACAGGGAAACAACUGCGAGCAGUAAAGACCUGCCUGACGUGCAUGGCCUCCUACUGUGAGACUCACCUGCGGCUCCACCGUGAAUCUGAAGCCUUCAAAAGACACAUACUGAAGGAGCCGACUGGAAAUCUUGAAGAGAAACUGUGCACGAAACACCAAGAAGUUCUGAAAAUCUUCUGUCGGACCGAUGAGACCUGCGUAUGCCUAAUGUGUGCAGUGACUGAACAUAAAAAUCAUGACACGGUGACCCCUGAAGAAGAGAGAGCUGAGAGACAGGUGAGUAGCAAAUUAGGAAUGGGAAGGGUUAACUGCAAAAACCGAGUAAAAGGAAUCAAAAAUGGUAAAGUGAAUGUUAGUUCUUAA